UCAAGCUGAUAUUGUAAGGACGCUUAUCAUAAGGAGUUCAGUGGCUACGUGUCAGUACACUAGUGAACAUCCAACAUGGGCGACUAUCGUGCGGGCAAGGCUGGCAUCAACGCCGAGGCGCAGGCCAGGAUCAACAGCAAAUACAACGAUGACAUCGCCCACGAGACCCUCGAGUGGAUCAAACUGCUCACCGGUGAACCUGCUAACACUGACGGAAGUGCCGAAAAUCUGUACGCGGUCUUGAAAGAUGGAACUCUCCUUUGCAAACUCGUCAAUUCUCUCGAGGAGGGAUCAGUGAAGAAGGUUAACCAGUCCACCAUGGCGUUCAAGUGUAUGGAGAACAUCAAUGCUUUCCUGGAAGCCGUGAAGAAGCUCGGCGUGCCACCUCAGGAGACUUUCCAGACUAUUGAUUUGUGGGAGAAGCAGAAUCUUUACUCUGUCGUCGUGUGCCUGCAAUCCUUGGGCCGUAAAGCCGGUAACUUCGGUAAGCCGUCCAUUGGGCCUAAAGAGGCUGACAAGAACGUGCGUGAGUUCAGUGAAGAGCAGCUGAAGGCUGGACAGAACGUCAUCUCUCUCCAAUAUGGCACGAACAAGGGCCAGCAGUCCGGUAUCUCGUUCGGCACCAGGCGACAGAUGUAAAACACUAAUGUACCUAAUUUAUGAUUAAAAUCUAAUAAAUAAUUUUGUAUUUUUUUAA